GGAAAGACUGGUUAAUCAGAAUGAACCAGUGUGGUCCGGAUUGCGAGGGAUCACUAGUAGGAUUGCUGCUGAGAUUCAGAAUGUCUCCGGUUGCCAUUGCAGCUGACAUAGAAGAGAUGUUUUUACAAGUAAAUGCGCCAGAAAGUGAAGUAGAAUUAAAGGGAGAUGCGGUUGCAGAAGGUAUGGAUACUAGUGAGACCGUCAGUGUAAAUGAUCCGAGUGUAGCUCAACUGUCGACAGAUGUUAAAGCUGAACUGGAGCUAAUAAUGAAAGAUAGCAGUGAUGGUAAUCUUGCGGUUAGACAACCUUCUAAAGGUCGAACAGCAACAGCUUCUGAUGCAGCGUUAAGUUUUUCAACUGGUGUCAGUCAGUCGUCGUUGGUUUUGUCAUAUGCAGUAAGAGAGCCGUCCAUGAACCAACGUGUCUUAUGUGGUGAUUAUGCUGUUGUCGGUCCGUUCGAGGGGACGAAAGUCAAUGGCCAGUUUAGUGACAAUAAGCCAACUGUGUACAAGAGGGUAACUGUUAGACUGACUUGCACGAAUGAAGGCAUUUCAGUUAUCAAACUACUAUUUGAAUGUUAUUACCUUUGGUGCAAAUUACUCUGUGCCUUCGCUUGGUUGGUCAGAUACGUCGUAUGCUUGUUAGUCAUCUACAUUCCACGAUACAAUGUCACGGGCGUGUUACCAUUCAGAGUUGAGGAUAUAGAUGAUGGAAGGAGGUGAGCAAAUGAACUCAACGACGAUUUUCCAACUUAAGGGCAGAAUCCACAACAUUUGAUAUAUUGAUUGUACAUAUGUUUGUGUUAAGUAAUUGAGUGGGUUCCGAUUCAUCUGAUUGUCGGUUAAUUUUAUAGUU